AUGUCUCAACAAUCGUCCUCCUUCUCUCAUAAAGAAGGGUCUCCUCUUAAUGUGCAUGACAUUGCUACAAGUGCUAAUGCAACUAACCCUAAUGAGGUUCUAAAUGUUGCACCCUUGAGAGUGGUGCAUGUUAAGGAAACCGCCCACUCCACAUGCACGGAGACCAAAGGAGGAUAUCAUGAGAUUACUAGGAUAUCUGUCCCUCUGAACUCUGUAAUGCCUAACCCUCCACAAGAUUCUAGUGUGAAUCAAAAUGGUAGUUCUCAGAAGGAGACUAAAGAUGUUCCAAUGGCUGAAGUUGAUCAGAAAAUUGAUGAAGAUGUUCCUGAAGAUGAUGGCAAUGUCUCUGACCAUGUCCCAGACAAUGUUCCUAACAAUGUCAAGGAAACUGCUGCUGAAGGCUGUGAUGUUGAUGAUGGUAAUGUAGGUGGGGAUACAGGUGCUUAUGGUACAUGUGCUACUAUUAUGGAGGUUGACAACAUGUCUGAUGAUGAGCUGAUUGCCCUUGUUAUUCCAAUCAUAGCCAAGAGGCUUAUGACAAGGAGGAAAGGGAAGGCAGUCAUGCAUUAUUCUCCUAAGAAGAAGACUGAUGUGAAUAGUCCUGUCAAUAAGAAGGAUGAGGUUGGAAGUCCUAUCAAGAAGAAGGUUGUGGCCAAGAGCACAAUCAUUGGGCCAACAAAAUAUUGGAGCAAAGUCGUGCCUAAGAAGAGGAAGGCUAUUGUUCUUAAUGAGACUAAUUCUGAUGUUCCAAGUGAUGUCCCAGACAUCUCUCGUAGAAAGAAACCCUCUUCCAGCAAGCUGGCUACAAGUGUUCCAGAUGUGGAAGUAUAUGUUCCAAAGAGACUGGCCCUAGAGAGGGAACUUGCAAAGAAUGUGCUGGAGUGUAAGGAAGUAAUGGAGUUGAUCCACCAUGUUGGAUUCAUGAAGACUGUGUCAAAUUUCUCUAAAUGCUAUGAGAACCUGGUGAAGGAAUUCAUAGUGAACCUCUCUAGAGAUUACGCGGAUGGUAAAUCAAAGGAGUUCAGGAAGGUGUUUGUUCGAGGGAAGUGUGUCAUUUUUUCUUCAUAUGUGAUCAACAAUUACCUGGAAAGAUUGGAUGAAGCUCAGCCUGAGCUGGAUGUGACGAUAAUCAAGUGUGUCAGGUGA